AUGUUAGAAAUCAAGCUUCCAACAUCACAAAUUAGGGCCCAUCCACAUAUUGAAUCUAGAGUGAAGCUACUCAAAAGACAAUACAAUGCUUUAUCUGAAAUGCUGAAUAUUGGAAGUGGAUUCGGUUGGAAUGAAGAAGAAAAAUGUUUAACUGCACCAAAUGACGUGUUUGAUGAUUGGGUUAGAAGUCAUCCAACUGCUGUUGGAUUAAGAAACAAGUCAUUUUCAUUCUUUGAUGACUUUGUUCAUAUAUUUGGAAAAGAAAGAGCUACAGGAAUAGCAGCGGAGACAGCAGCUGAUGCAGUGGAACAUAUUGAUGUUGAAGACAAUGCAUUUAUAGAUGCAUUACUUGAAGAAAAGGGAGUAAGAGAUUCUGAAUCAAGAGAGGAUGUUGGUGCUUCAACUUGCCAAACAUCUGAUGCUACUGCCUCUACCCCUACAAUGAAAAAAGUAGCUAGCAAGAAAAGGUCUCGAAGUGAUGAUGGGUUAACCGAGCUUGUACAAGAGAUAAGUAAGUUCGGUGCUGCAUACCGAGAAACUGCCAAAGAAAUUAAGGAUAUUACUGCUUUAUUGAAAAAGGAGGCAGAAGGAAAUGAUCAAAGAAUGUCGAUUUUCACUGAAAUCAUGAAAAUUGAAGGACUUUCCACUGAUGAAAUGCUUACUGCAGGAGAGUAUAUGAGCAAAGAUGCGCACAAGAGUGGAUUUGGAAUUCCCGAAGAUUGA